ACGCGGGAAGGGAGGGAGCCGGCCCCGAGACUGCAUCAUUCCGCACCGGCUGCUGCAGGGCCAGAGGGAGCAGGUGGAGCGAGAGAGCGAGCCGCGAGCCGGAGCGCGCCAGACCCGGGGCGAGACUGCAGUGACGCGGCCCGGGAGACAUGGCGGACGGGCGUCUCUGAAUAAGCAGAAUCCGGAGCCCCUCGCUACCCGCGGCCGCCGCAGCCCGGGCCAUGCCGCACGGCUGCUGACCGCACGCAGGGGCCGGCCCCGAGGACACAUGCGGCGGCCUUUGCCGCCUCGCCCCUGACCCUCUGCCCUGUUCUCCAUGUUGCAUUUCUCGUCAGUUUCUCGGGCGGUGUAGCUGCCGCUGCCACCAGAGCCGGCGGGGCAUCGCGCUGCUCAUUCAUCCGGCCGCACUUUCUUUUCCGUUUCCACCCAUCCCUUCCCAUUUCCUUCUCCCUUUCCCCGCCAGCUUCGCAUCCAUCUCCCCCACCCCGUAACCCCCUCCUGCCUCCAUCCACCGGGGCUAUGGCCGCAGAAGAGGUAUUGCAGACGGUGGACCAUUAUAAGACUGAGAUAGAGAGGCUGACCAAGGAGCUCACGGAGACCACCCACGAGAAGAUCCAGGCUGCCGAGUACGGGCUGGUGGUGCUGGAGGAGAAGCUGACCCUCAAACAGCAGUAUGAUGAACUGGAGGCUGAGUACGACAGCCUCAAACAGGAGCUGGAGCAGCUCAAAGAGGCAUUUGGGCAGUCCUUCUCCAUCCACCGGAAGGUUGCUGAAGAUGGAGAGACUCGGGAGGAAACGCUUUUGCAGGAGUCAGCAUCGAAGGAGGCUUACUAUCUGGGGAAGAUCUUGGAGAUGCAGAACGAACUGAAACAGAGCCGGGCUGUGGUCACUAAUGUACAGGCAGAAAAUGAGAGGCUCACCGCAGUCGUGCAGGAUCUGAAGGAGAACAAUGAGAUGGUGGAGCUGCAGAGAAUACGGAUGAAGGAUGAAAUCCGAGAAUAUAAAUUCCGGGAGGCACGGCUCCUUCAGGACUAUACUGAAUUGGAAGAAGAAAAUAUCACAUUGCAGAAACUAGUCUCCACACUGAAGCAGAACCAGGUUGAAUACGAAGGCUUAAAGCAUGAGAUUAAGCGAUUUGAGGAGGAGACGGUACUGCUGAACAGCCAGCUGGAAGAUGCCAUCCGAUUGAAAGAGAUUGCUGAGCACCAACUGGAAGAAGCCCUCGAGACUUUAAAAAAUGAAAGAGAGCAAAAGAACAACCUGCGGAAGGAGCUCUCCCAGUAUAUCAGCCUCAAUGAUAACCAUAUCAGCAUCUCAGUAGAUGGACUCAAAUUUGCCGAGGAUGGGAGUGAACCAAACAAUGAUGACAAAAUGAACGGUCAUAUCCAUGGGCCUCUUGUGAAACUGAAUGGAGACUAUCGGACUCCCACCUUAAGGAAAGGAGAGUCUCUGAACCCUGUCUCUGACUUAUUCAGUGAGCUGAACAUUUCAGAAAUACAGAAGUUGAAGCAGCAGCUUAUGCAGGUAGAGCGGGAAAAGGCCAUUCUUUUGGCCAACCUACAGGAGUCACAGACACAGCUGGAACACACCAAGGGGGCACUGACGGAGCAGCAUGAGCGGGUGCACCGGCUCACAGAGCACGUCAAUGCCAUGAGGGGCCUGCAAAGCAGCAAGGAGCUCAAGGCUGAGCUGGACGGGGAGAAGGGCCGGGACUCAGGGGAGGAGGCCCAUGACUACGAGGUGGACAUCAAUGGUUUAGAGAUCCUUGAAUGCAAAUACAGGGUGGCAGUAACUGAGGUGAUUGAUCUGAAAGCUGAAAUUAAGGCCUUAAAGGAGAAAUAUAAUAAAUCUGUAGAAAACUACACUGAUGAGAAGGCCAAGUAUGAGAGUAAAAUCCAGAUGUAUGAUGAGCAGGUGACAAGCCUUGAGAAGACCACCAAGGAGAGUGGUGAGAAGAUGGCCCACAUGGAGAAGGAGUUGCAAAAGAUGACCAGCAUAGCCAACGAAAAUCACAGUACCCUUAAUACGGCCCAGGAUGAGUUAGUGACAUUCAGUGAGGAGUUAGCUCAGCUUUACCACCAUGUGUGUCUAUGUAAUAAUGAAACUCCCAACAGGGUCAUGCUGGAUUACUAUAGGCAGAGCAGAGUCACCCGCAGUGGCAGCCUGAAAGGGCCCGAUGAUCCCAGAGGACUUUUGUCCCCACGAUUAGCCAGGCGGGGUGUGUCAUCCCCGGUAGAAACAAGGACCUCAUCUGAACCAGUUGCAAAAGAAAGCACAGAGGCCAGCAAAGAACCAAGUCCAACUAAGACCCCCACAAUCUCUCCUGUUAUUACUGCCCCACCGUCAUCUCCAGUAUUGGAUACAAGUGACAUCCGCAAAGAGCCAAUGAAUAUCUACAACCUUAAUGCCAUAAUCCGGGACCAAAUCAAGCAUCUGCAGAAAGCUGUGGACCGGUCCUUGCAACUGUCUCGUCAAAGAGCAGCGGCUCGGGAGCUAGCCCCCAUGAUUGAUAAAGACAAGGAAGCCUUAAUGGAAGAGAUCCUCAAGCUAAAGUCCCUGCUGAGCACCAAACGGGAGCAGAUCGCCACAUUGAGGGCGGUGUUGAAAGCCAACAAGCAGACAGCUGAGGUGGCGCUAGCUAAUCUCAAGAACAAAUAUGAAAAUGAAAAAGCAAUGGUGACUGAAACCAUGACGAAGCUUAGAAAUGAACUGAAGGCUUUGAAAGAAGAUGCUGCAACCUUCUCAUCCCUGAGAGCAAUGUUUGCAACAAGAUGUGAUGAAUAUGUCACCCAGUUGGAUGAGAUGCAGAGACAGUUAGCAGCUGCAGAGGAUGAGAAGAAGACUCUAAACACUUUGUUACGAAUGGCUAUCCAGCAAAAACUCGCCCUGACCCAGAGGCUGGAGGACUUAGAGUUUGACCAUGAGCAGUCCCGACGCAGCAAAGGCAAACUUGGAAAGAGCAAGAUCGGCAGCCCUAAAGUAAGUGGGGAGGCAUCAGUCACCGUGCCCACCAUAGACACUUACCUCCUGCAUAGUCAGGGCCCACAGACACCCAACAUUCGGGUCAGCAGUGGCACUCAGAGGAAAAGACAAUUUUCACCUUCCCUUUGUGAUCAGAGCCGUCCCAGGACUUCAGGGGCUUCCUACCUACAGAAUUUAUUAAGAGUUCCCCCUGAUCCCACCUCCACAGAAUCAUUUCUUCUGAAGGGCCCCCCUUCCAUGAGUGAAUUCAUCCAAGGGCACCGGCUCAGCAAGGAAAAAAGGUUAACCGUGGCUCCACCAGUAAGAGAGAAGAUAAAGAUAAUACUGAGUAAACCAUUCCAUGCUACCAAUUGGACCCAUUCGACAAAAAUGGAAUACUUAGUAGAACAUCUGAUGACCAUGGUCCUAUUCGUGUUUUUAUUUUGUUUUAUUUUUGUUUUUGUUUACUGUUCUCUCCUCUGUCAGGUAUUCCUGUCCAGAAAUUACAUUUCCUUAAAAGAUUUCAUAUUCAAAACCUGAGCAUUGUACGCAAAAUAAGCUAUGAUGAAAGGAUGAAACUUUUUAAUUACUGAAGAGAUCAAUAUGAAAAACUCUGUAGCAAGAAUGUGUAUUUUAUAUUAGAUCAUACUUUUCAAUCCAUAUUGACUAUUUUAGUACCAUUAUGUAAUUUUAAAGUCUUUUAGAUUUUGUUAAAAUUUUAUUAAAUCCAUGGAAAUUGAAAGUUCCUUAUUUUAAUCCUUAGGAGAAAAACUAUAAUUUUUCCCUAAUAUAUCCAUAAAGUGAAAGAAGAAGUACUUAUUUGAUAUUCUUAAUUGUUACAUAUUUAAGAGCAAGAGUAAUUAGUUCAUACUUAUGUUCACCUAAGUCCACCCAUACAUUGCUGAGGAUAGCGGCCUUCAGAAGGUGGCUGUUUCCGGAGGAGUAACAGGGAGGAACAGGUGGGCUGAGAUAUACAUGAGGCCCAGGACAUUCCAGGCAAUAACUGUCUGCCUCUCCUGACUCUGCCCAAACCCCAAAUGAUGCUUUCUAGCUCACUAAAAAAAAAAAAAUAUAUAUAUAUAUAUAUAUAUAUAUAUAUAUAUAUAUAUAUCAGCAGGCAGAUACUCAAGCUGAAAGAGACAUUACUGGGGUUCGUUUCUAGAUCACAGAUCCUGCCUCAGGCUCACUGAAGUGACCAGCCUCCACCCAGUAACAACAAACUAGUCUAAAUCCAGAAUAAAACAAUUAUACAUUUUAAUCUCACCACCUUCUACCUGUGUGUGCUGUCCACCCUCAAGACAGAGAAUAGCCUGUAUUCCACCAACUGGCAAUCACUAGCCUACAACACCAAAUCCACAGUUUCUUUGGUAUCCUUUGUGCCAGGGAGUUGGGUGCUGAACAAUCUACGUGUAACAUUCCCUUGCCUUCAUAUCCCAAAGCUCUGCAAGCAAAGAAGAGUUCUGGUGGGCAGCUAGGGCCAUUUGUUGUAGUCCAGAGGAAGAGAGCCAUCAGUAUCUUCUAUGCUGUACUCAUACCUAUUUAAUCCAAUCUGCUGGCACCAGUCUAUUAUAUUCUACUGUUUGCCCCCACUGUAACUACAUAACAACCACCUCUAUUAUAACAGUGAUUAUAAGGCAUUAUCUGAGAGGGUAUAUCCAAACUGUACCUUGCAAAGGGACUUCUAUCUGCAAAGAAUACUAAGAAAACAUAUUAUGGGAAGUCACAAUAGGUACUCAGAGAAGCCAAUCUCUAGGUUAACCAACUACUUCCCUGUCCAUUUCUCCUUAUAAAUGUGAAAGGAGAGCCUACAAUGAAGAAAUCCUGGAAGGGCAUCUCCCAGCUCUGAGACUCUCUGAUGCUAUGAAUUCAAGUUAUUCUGUCCAUGACUGGGUUUGGAGGUCACUGUGUAAAAUCUACGCUUCUAAAUAAAUGUUAUGAUAUCUCAGCAUACUAUACCAUACUUAUAACAUGUAUGCUUAUAACAGCAUACUAUACCAUAUAGUAUAGUUCCCAAGAAAAGGGAAUGUUUUUCCCCCCCAAAAAAAGGAAAAUUCCUGUUAUCUAAUAUAUAAAACAAACUUUUUUGAUGAUUUAAAGUGACUGUGUGUUGUGAACUGAGUAGACAAGGCAGGAAGGAGUAGUGAUGUUCCUGAGUUCUUGCUGAAUUCUGACAACGUGCCAGCACUUUGAUUUCUCUGUCAAAAUGGGUGGGAUUUGAUAUCUAAAAAAGUAUACCAUUACAUAUCUAAAAGUAUAUUGUUACAUGGAAUAUGGAAGCCACUGAUUUAAUUCUGGAAUGUCCGUCAACAUGACAGCCACCUAAACUCCUCUGAGGCGUUGUAAACGGUUAGGAAAAUUGACCUUUCUACACACUAAAUCUGGCUUCAGUGGCUCUCCUGAGCUCUAAGGGAGUUGGGCAGGGGCAGCCUGAGCUCCGGCUGUGAGCAUAGCUCAACUGAUGUGUAGUUAGAAUGUUCAUGGAAGGCCCAGGCUUGCUACUUCCCAUUCCUUUAUUUUAAAUGAUGUAGUGAGCCAGGCGUGGUGGCUCAUGCCUGUAAUCCCAGCACUUUGGGAGGCCGAGGUGGGUGGAUCAGUUGAGCCCAGGAGUUCAAGACCAGCCUGGGCAACAUGGUGAAACCCUGUCUCUACAAAAAAUACAAAAAUUAGCCAGGCAUGAUGGUGUGUGCCUGUAGUUUCAGGGGAGGCUGAGGCGGGAGAAUUGCUUGAGCCCAGGAGGUGGGGGCUGCAGUGAGCUGUGAUUGCACCACUGCACUCUAGCCUGGGUGACAGUGCCUACAUAAAUAAAUAAAAAGAAAGAAAGAAAUGAUGUAGUGAAAAUAUAGUUACAUAGCACUUAUACCUAGACUACUUAAAGUGACCUAGUAAUUAAACUUACAUAGCUCAUCAACCAGCAAAGAUUCCUAGUGCACCACACUCAUUAUAGAGCAGGGAAGCAUCGCUGCCACCCUCAGGGAUUCCUCUUACAUAUCUCUGUGUUCUGUCCUCCACACACCCAUCUCUUUAGUCAUCUAUUGAUUUUAUUCAAUUUUCCUGGCGGUUUCCCCAGUGUAUUUUACCUGAAAGGUACGAGAGGAAAAAGGAAAAGCACAACUCAAAAUGGUUGACUAUUCCAUUCUUUGUUUUCUUCAAAAAGUGUAAAGUCAUAAAGAUGCCAUAGAACCACUAAAUUCAUUGUCCUUUGUCACCUCUCAGCCAAUAAUAGUCAUUGAUAUACUCUCCAUGCCACAAAUUUAAAGUUUUUUGUGAACUGUACAUGCAAUAGCCAAGUUUAUUUUAACUUUAGUCAUUACUGGAUCCCAGAGAUUUUCUUUCUCUUUUAUGGCAUAUAGAUUAUUUAUGUCACUUCAGUAUGCCCAGUCCACAGAUGAGAUCUUCUGAGGGACUGCUUCUGGAGCCGGCCCUCUUGUGUGAUUGAAUUAGUCAGUGAUGAUUCUCAGGACUAGAUUAGAUUGUUACUCUUAAAAUAAUUACUUAAAAAAAAAAAAAACUUCCAUAACUUGAAAAUUUUGUGGCCAGGUGUGGUGGCUCAUGCCUGUAAUCCCAACACUUUGGGAAGCCGAGGUGGGCGGAUCGCUUGAGGUCAGGAGUUCGAGAGCAGCCUGGCCAACAUGGUGAAACCCUGUCUCUACUAAAAAUACAAAAAUUAGCCAGGCAUGGUGGCGCACGCCUGUAAUUUCAGCUACUCAGGAGGCUGAGGCAGGAGAAUUCGCUUGAACCUGGGAGGUGGAGGCUGCAGAGAGCCAAGAUGGCACCCACUGCACUUCAGCCUGGGCAACAGAGCAAGACUCUGUUUCGGAAAAAAAAAAAAAACAGAAAGAAAAAGAAAAGAAAAAUUUCCUUUUAAGACUUAUAUGAAAAUACAUACAUUUAUUUUGCAGAAUAAUGAUCUAGAGCAGGACUGUCAUUUUAACUAAAGUUAUUUUUGGCCAGGUGUGGUGGCUUAUGUCUGUAAUCCCAGCACUUUGGGAGGCCGAGGCAGGUGGAUCACGAGGUCUGGAGUUCAAGACCAGCCUGGCCAAUAUGGUGAAACCCCGUCUCCACUAAAAAUACAAAAAUUAGCUGGGCAUGAUGGUGCAUUCCUGUAAUCCCAGCUACUCAGGAGGCUGAGGCAGGAUAAUUGCUUGAACCAGGACGCGGGAGGCAGAGGUUGCAGUGAGCCAAGAUUGCGCCACUGCACUCCAGCCUGGACUACAGAACGAGACUCUGUCUCGAAAAAAAAAAAAAAGUUGGCCAGGCACAGUGGCUCACACGUGUAAUCCCAGCACUUUGGGAGGCCAAGGCGGGUGGAUCACAAGGUCAGGAGUUUGAGACCAGCCUGGCCAAGAUGGUGAAACCCCAUCUCUACUAAAAGUACAAAAAUUAGCUGGGCACAGUGGCGGGCGCCUGUAAUCCCAGCUACUCAGGAGGCUGAGGCAGGACAAUCGCUUGAACCUGGGAGGUGGAGGUUGCAGUGAGCCGAGAUCGUGCCACUGCACUCUAGCCUGGGUGACAGAGCAAGACUCUGUCUCAAAAAAAAAAGUUAUUCUUAGUGGAUAUAAAAAUUGGUGUUUUUGGCCGGGCGUGGUGGCUCAUGUCUGUAAUCCCAGCACUUUGGGAGGCUGAGGCGGGUGGAUCACGAGGUCAAGAGAUGGAGACCAUUCUGGCCAACAUGGUGACAUGCGCCUGUAAUCCCAGGUACUCGGGAGGCUGAGGCAGGAGAAUCACUUGAAUCUAGGAAGCGGAGGUUGCAGUGAGCUGAGAUUGCGCCACUGCACUCUGGCCUGGCGACAGAGUAAGAUGCCGUCUCAAAAAAAAAAAAAAAAAAAUUGGUGUUUUUUUGGUUUGUUUUGUGUUUUAGUUUAAGGAGACACAUUUCCUCAUCUUAAGGACUUUUUUGCUGCUCUGAUGCUGGUCAUCUAGUCCAUUCUUUUGCUCUAAACUGAGCCUUGCCUCCCAGUUCUUCAUUGCACUUCAGAUUGUGUCUUACUACAAAGAGAAAAUUAGUCUGUGAUCAGUUUGGAUCACAAGAACUGAAAUUGUUCUUGUGAAUAAUAGAAUAGAAUAGAAGCCAGGGAUGUGAUGCACACCCAUGAUCCCAGCUACUCAGGAGGCUGAGAUGGGAGGAUCACUUGAGCCUGGGAGUUAGAGGCUGCAGUGAGCCGAGAUCGUGCCACUGCAUUCCGGUCUGGGUGACAGAACAAGACCCUGUCUCUAAAAAAUAAAAAGAAGAAAAGAAAGAAAUUUAAAGUAGGAAGGGCUACCGUUUGCUUCUGGCCAAGCUUCACCUCUACCCAUAGGAUCUUUUAAAAGACUACUUCUGAGGUCCUUUACUCUGAGUAGGUAUUUAUGGAAUAAGCCAUUAUGUAUUGACAUUAGAAUCAGUUAAACAUAAAUUUUUUUCUCUUUUUAUGCACUACUUGACAUCAAAAGCAAAAAGAGGUAAGUUGGCUAUAAACCUGUAGGUGAACUUUAUUUUUCUUAAUAGAUUUGUUCCUGAGUAGCUUUGCUUCAAUUAAAUUUCUGUGAAUCAAAUACUUUUACAUUAGGAAGAUUGUCAUUGGAAAUUCUUAUUCUUUUCUUUGAAAAUGAAUAAGCAUCUUCUGUAAACUUAGAUUUUCAAGAUAUCUAGUAUUUAAACAUUUUGCUUUUCCUUUAAUCAAGUUAUACUUACGGUUUAAUUUGCUUGUGAAGACAAGGCAUUUUGAAACACUUGGUUUAGUUUUGAGGUAACUGAAUUGUUUCUCCCACCAGAAAUGUGGAUUACAUGUUAUAAGUCUUUCCUAUUUUCUUAAAAAUGAAAAAAAAAAGCCAAGAAACAACUGACAUUGGUGAAAGUCUAUAAUUUUCAGAUCCAUUGAUUUACAGAAGAAGAUGCCCUGAACCUCUCAGAAUAUUUUCUAGUGUGAUUUUUUUUUAAUGAUUAAAAGAAAUGAAGAAAAUAUUAAACAAGAAGAUCAAACACAUUUCAUUGAGUGGUGUCUCAUAUGUUUUUCUUGUUUGGGAUCUAUUUUUAUAAUUGAUCUUUUUAGUGGAUUCUUGAUUGUAGUUUGACUUAUUUCUCUUUUGUUUCUUUUUGAUAAUGCAUCAAUUCUGACAUUUCAAAGGUACAGCUGGUCUUCAUUAGAUAUGUGCUGUUAUUGACUUUGCUUAACAAGAACAGACCAUCAUCGUACCACCUUGAGUUAACUCUGUGCCAGCUGGCCUUGCUCUUGAGAAGGUCAUUUCUAAACAAAAGGUUAUUUUUUGAAAGAUUUUUAAUUGGUGUAAGAAUCUGGCAGCAAAGUGUACUUUUACCUCUUGGUGCCACUGUAUUUAAUUACCCUCUCCCCAUUUAUCCUCCAUGUCUUUCCUACCAUAAGCUAUUGAUAACACACAUGCUCAUGGUUUAAUUGUAAGUUGUCCAGAAACAGAAAGCUGACUGUACUGCAGGGCGUUUUUGUAUUUCUCUUUUGCAAGAUUUGAAAUAAAAAUAGAUUUUUGCAUGAAUAUUACUUUGUUUUAUCAGCUAGUCAUCUGAUAUUCAUCAGGACAGCAAAUGGGAAGAUGGGUGAAAGGUUUUGUCAAAUCUAUAACCACUGAAAAAUCUAAAAAUGCUCCCUCUCUACUUAGCAAGGCAUGCUCUCAUUCUACAUCGCUGAAGACGACUUUCAUGCUUGUCACUGAAGUGUGAUGAACUAUGUGCAGUUGUCAUUUAUGUGAAGGAGGAACCAGAUGCUUUUUAAGAUUUGUCACCAGGUCUUAUUUUUGCAUUGUCUAUAUUGAAAUUUUUUGAUGUGUUUCAACAAUUCCUUCUUUUUGUUCUCUGGAAAUUUUUAACGAAGAAUGAUUGUUUCUAUCAAGAGUAUAUGCUAUAAUGGACUUUGCUGUGUUAAAGACUGAUGUAAAUAUGUUUGAAGUGUUUGGUGAUAUAAAUUAGCAGAUUUCACCCGAUAAGUCAGAAAUUACACUAUCAUCUGUGGGUACUUUUAGAAUAACUGAUGUUUUAACGGGAUGUAAUAUGUUUGGUGAAAAGGGAUGAGAUAGCCAACUCUAUGUGUUUGAUUAUAAAAUGCUGACAGUGCUUCACAGCUCUCCAUUUUUAUUCAUAUCAGUGUACCAUUAAAUUCAUCAUUAGAUUUUUGAAAAUAGUUAUUUUCCUAGCUACUGUUAAUAUUUAUGUAAAUGUUUCUAUCUCAAGCUCUUCUUUUAUACGUAAUAUUUCUUUCUCAGUUUUUCCUUAUUAUUUCUAAAUUCUCUACUCUAUAUGUGUGUUUUUCAGUUUAUUUGUUUAGGAAUUCGUAGGACUGUUUAAAUGUUCAAAUUGUUACUACAAGGAGAAUGUAUUUUGAUGCUUCUUUCCAUUAACCUUUCUGUUAAUUCACUAACAUUAUUAAUCAUUUUGUAGAUUUAGUGAGGAAUAAUUUACUGUUUAUGUUAUUUGGCACAUCUUAAAUGAUGGCAAUUUAAAAAUUAUUUUCAAGACUUAUAUAUCAAAGUCCUACAGUUACCAAAGAAGAAUAAUUGAUCAUCUGAUAACACUAAAUUAACCUUAAAAUCUUUAUCAGAUAAUAUUUAUCCAUUCUUAUUCCUUUUGUUAGAAAGAUGUUGUUACAAUGACAGGGAUGUCUAAAUUGUAAACUCUCCUUUCAAGUGAAUUAAUUAAACAGUGACAUUGAUGAUACUAAUAAAUAAAUCCAAGGAUUUUUUUUAAGGGAGGUGGUUUGCACCACAUAAAUUCCCUAGCAAAGUGUUGUGGGGAAUUGAAGAAUUAUAAGGCAGGGU